AUGAGCAAACAAGCAUUAGAACUAGUGAGGAAAUUAUUUGUAGCAGUUGCUGAUAGGGAAGAGAUUACGGAACAGCAGAGACAAAUACUAGCAGCUAUGGAUAAUUUUGAAGCAGGUGUAUGAUUUUCAAAGCUGGAUCAAGAUAAGAAAGGUUAUGUAUCCAAGGAGGAUAUAUUAUCCCUGCUCACUUCAAAUGGAAUCACAGAUGUCUCAGAGCAGAGCAUUUCAUACAUGAUUAAAUAUUUUGAUUCCAUGGAGAACGACAAAUUGAAUAUGAAUGAUUUUACCCAAAUUCUUCUUCCAUGUGCAAAUGACUACCUAAGAAGUAGAGCUUCAAACCGAAGGCUUCAUCAUGAAGUUGAUGCCUUCUCCAAAGAAGUUCAGGGUCAACUUAGUACUUUGAUUCAAAAAGAGUGUGAAUACCACACUGAAAUAGAGAGCAUCAAGAAAGAGAUAGCUUCUUCAGAGAAUUAUGAUCCAAAGGAAAUAUUCAGAGCUAUUGAUAUCAAUAUGCAUGAUUUCUUAGAUUCAAACACAAUUGAAGAAUUUUUGAAAUCUCAAGGUUUCAAAGCUUCUAAGACCGAUUUGAAUUCAAUUAUUAGAAGGUUUGAUGUAACUGCUGAUGCAAGGAUAUCCUACACAGAAUUUACUGAAGGGAUCACUCAGGCAAAUAUUCCUUUGAGCCUUCCACAAGAAUUUUCAAAACCCGGCUACCCAUAUAAUAACUUAAGAAAUACUCCCCAACCGAAUUUAAAUUCUAUGGAGCCUCAAAAGAUGCCUAAUUUUGAGAAAAGGGAUUAUGGGAUGGAAUAUCAGCAACCUUCCCCUUACAGAGCUGAGAAGUAUCCGCCUCCACAAAGAGAAGAGUACGAUCCUAAAAUGUCUCGGAUGAAGUAUCAAGAAUUUGUGCAGCCAAGACAGAGUUAUCCAAACUCUAUUACUGGAGGAGCCGAAACUGAAAUUAGUGAAGGAUAUUACUCUCAACAAGAAAAGAGACAUAGCAUUGAUAAACAUGAACAUCAGUACAGGUUUGAAGACUACAAAAGAGGAUUUGCAGAACAACCAAGAGCAGAAUACAACAGCUCAAAAAUGCAAGGCAGAUUCAAUGAAUUAAACAAGGGUUUAAUCCCUGAAAAUUCCUUCCCUCAAGAUCAGAGAUUUAGCAGCUUUGAUAAAGACAUGCCACAAAGAAAUUCUUUUACCUCUUACCAAGGGUACAGGAAUGAAGAUAGUAAAUUUCAAGCACCAAUCGAACCAUUCAGAUCUCAAGAUCAGAAAUAUGAAAGCCCUAGCAGGAAGCAGGUGAGAUUUGAGGAGGAUAUUCAUCAAAGAUAUCAAUUAAAUUCUUCAAGCCAAAUGAAUAGACAUGGGUCGUAUUAUCCUCCCGAGAGACAAUCAGAAUUUGAAGAUAGAAGUCGUUUAUAUGAUAACUCCAGCAAACAAAAUUUCAGUGACGAUAGAAACUCUCCUUAUAAAGCCUCAAGAGUCCAAUAUAAAGAUUAUGAUGCCCAAGGUUCUCCGAGUAGAUAUCAAUCAUCCCCUAUUUCCCAAUAUAAAAGAAAAGAAUACCCUGUGUUCCCUGGGGGAUACUCAAAUAUGGCUCCAUCUAUCCCUCAGGAAGAAAUGAGGAAUUUCAGAACAGAUGAAAGUCCUAUCAACUACAACAAGUAUAGAUAUAGAGAUGCAAAUGAAGGUUCUCCUUCAAGAUAUCAAGCCCAAUUACCAGAUUAUUUAAGACAAAGCCCUAAUAAAUACAAUAUUGAGAGAAUGAAUAGAAAGCAAGAACUUCUGGCUAGCAGAGAUGCUCCAAUUUAUGACUCCCACAAAUAUUCCAACCAUACUAAAACAAAGCCAACUUAUGAAGAUUUAAAAGCAAAGUAUUCUGAGCCUGAAACGAAAAGGCCAAAAAGUGAGUAUGGAAGAAGCAGCAUGUAUAAAAAUCUACCAACUAUACCAGCAUCGUAUCAAGAUAAAGCUCCAUCAAAAGAUUAUAGAAGCACAUACCUUCCCCAAUACAAUAGAGAAGAAAGGUAUUCUCCAUAUAGACCAUCAACAGGGUAUCCUUCCAGCGGCAUGAAUCUUUCCAGAGAUAUAAAUCCUUCUAGAGAGGUAAAUCUUCCAAGGGAUAUGAACCCUCAAAGAGAAAUGAAUCCUCCAAUUGGUUUUGGAAGGCCUCAGGCUCCUCCACCAGCAGAUGUGAGACCUAAGACACCUCCAAGGCAUACAUCAAUAGCUAAUCCAAAUGAAUCUGCUGAUAAAGCGCCUCUCAACACACCUCCUAAAGCUACAAAGCAGUCUAAAGGAGCUUUCAAUAUGAUUGUGAGUCCAGAAACUGCUACCAAAAGUGGGGAUGGUUGGUCCUUUGUGCCCUCUCCAGAUGUCUCAAAGAAAGAAGGCCCUCCUCGCAACAUAAUGGAUGCUCCUAAAGGACCUUUAAGAAUAUAGAUUUUUAAUUUAUUCAAACUAGA